CACUGACCACGAAGACUUGGCCACUGCAAUUAAACAAAUGAAACAACUCAAAGAUUAUAUAGACCAGUUGAAACUGAAUGUGGGCAGAAAUGAUCAACUAUUGAGUGUGCAACGGUGUAUCCAAGGAGGACCUCAGUUGUUGAAAGCCAGUAGAUAUUUAAUUAUGGCGCAAGAUGUGGCCCAGCUAAACUGUUCUCAGAGAACGAAUUUGCCAUUCAGAUUGUAUGAGCAUACCCACGAUCUUAGACUUUUCCUGUUCAAUGAUGUCCUUGUUAUUUCACAACGCAACAUCUCCUACAAGCCCUUUGAACGAAUCCCCAAGGUCACUUACCAGUUUUUGGCUACAAUAAUGCUCCAUCAGCUCCAGAUUGAAGACAUUCCAGAUUCUAAAU